UUCAGUCAAAAAACACACAAAUUUUAAUUUUUUGUCGAUUUUUCACAGAAAUCUCAACAAAAAUGUCACUUUACGACGAUGACGAUGUGAAAACUCCGACAACAUGGAGCUCAAACUUGAAAUUAGUGCCACAAAUGAAGAGAAAUCCGCCGUUACAGACAAAAAAGAUUUUAACUCCAAUUAUCACACAAAAGCCUCUGCGAGCUGAUGACACCGCCUCCAAACCGAUCAUAAAGCCCAAAGUAAUUCUCUCGAACAAACCAAUAAUUCCUGUGCCCGCAUUACCGGCAAUCGCUCACUACAGUUGGGAUAUCGAAGACGAAUAUGACCCAAAAAACCCGAACGAUUACGAUAAAAUCAUCAAAGAACGUCGCGACAAGCAAGCAGAUGACAAGAAACGUGCUGCUGAUCGAAAACGUCGCAAUUCUCCGUCAUAUCGUCGCAACUCGGAUGACGAAGAAGACUACAACAAGUACACAAAAGUAGGCAAAGCAAUGAUCGCACCUCCAAAAUCGCUUCAAGUCACGACAAAUCCAACGCCGAACGACGGAAGCGGAUCUGUCGCGGAAAAAAUCAUGGCAAAAUACGGUUGGAAUUCGAACAAAGGUCUCGGAAAAGACGAACAAGGCAUGGCAUCAGCGCUAACAGUCGAGAAAACAUCAAAACGCGGCGGAAGAAUCAUCCACGAAAGCGAAUUCAAGGAACCAACGAUGCCUCCGCCAUCGUCAACGGCAAUUCCGGGAAGUGUGACGCCCGUUGCGCAAACCUUAGCACCUCCCGAACCUGUUCAACAGGAAGAAACUAUCACAGAAAUCAUCAAGAGACCUUCGAAAGUCGUUCUUUUACGCAAUAUGGUUGGGCCAGGAGACGUCGAUGAGGAAUUAGAGCCCGAAGUAAAGGAAGAAUGCGUCACAAAAUACGGAGAAGUGCAAAAAGUGAUGAUACGAGAAUUGGAAAAUGUCGUUCCUGAAGAAGCUGUGAGGAUUUUCGUGGAGUUCAAGAGGAUAGAAAGUGCGAUAAAAGCAGUUGUCGACUUGAACGGAAGAUUUUUCGGAGGACGUCAAGUCAAAGCGGGCUUUUAUAGCAUCGAAAAGUUUGAAAAUUCACAACUUUUGGAUUAA